CCGGUACAAGAUGUUUUAUCACGGUUUGUUUGCAGGUCACUGAAAUGACCAUGAUUACCAUGAUUAUCUACACAUAGCAAAGAUUUUCAUGGCUGGCAGUUUGGACAGAGACGUAGAAUAUGCAGAGUACCUGGUGGAAUGCAGCAAACAACAGCCAAAAACUCUGCUUAACUCUGCGGGUAAUCCUGGGAGCAAUAAAGGAAAAUCGAUUCAUCAGAAGUUGUUGGAAUUGUACAUAGAAGAAUGUGAAAAACAGCCAGAAGACAAGGAACUAUGUUAUGCUAGUCAUAUUCUGGCUAAGCUGAUGAAACGAGAAAAACUCAACUGCCUUAUUCUGAACCUGUAUCCGGCAAAUGAAGGAUAUUCUCUUGUGUUGAAAGCUAGGAAUGGAAUAGAGUCGGAGACCAUCAAACUUCCAUACGAGGAAUUAGAACUCCUGGAAUACAUUGAUGCAGCUCAGUUACCUCCGUUUCUAGUAGAUUUGCUAGAGAAAGCUCAGGUUAAUUUCUUCUAUAGUGGAUGUAUUAUUGUUGAGAUUCGUGACUUCCGACGUUCUACAAGUGCAAUACACGACCAUGAUUCCCAGUACAUUUUGCUCAAACCAACACCACAGUCCCUGCUGUGUGAUAUCAACGCCAUCACCAACGACGGUCACAGGUGGACGCAGGAUGAUAUAUUCCAACUGGAGAGUCGGUUGCUGCUGGAAACGGAAGAGCCGCUGUGUCUUGACCCUUCCCCAGCAGUGCUGUUUGUUAACAACAGACUCCAGUUUGACCAGAAACAACUGAAUAAUCCCAUUUUAAAAAGAUCGGUGCGUAAGUACAGCCAGGCAGCAAUCAACAAGAAGAGAAAAUUGGCCCAGGCCCCAGCUCCUAAAGAACUCAAGUUAUUUGACUUUCUACAUCGAAAGAGGGACCGCAGCAGGGGCACUCCACCCAUUAACUUGAAAGUUGCCAAAUCGAAUGUUGACAUGUGGAAACAAAGGAUUGUACAGCUGCAGCCCCCAGAGACAAUUGAGGUUGACAAGUUUGCUAAAGCCAUUGAGAAACCAUCAACAUCUUCAACAAACCAGCCAUUGGUAUUGGUUGAGGAGCACACGCUAGAGCGAGACCCGACACAAGACCACAAGAUCAUGGCUAAAAUCACAAUACGUCAAAACCCCGUUACGAGCAUCUUUCAUGGGGAGCUGUACCUCGACUACAACUUCAAUUCGGACAAACCCAGCGAUGGAAAUGUCUGCAAGUUUACUCUGGGGUCCAAAGAAAAUGUUGAUAAAUAUUUUGAGCAGUUCAAGGAACUGUUCACUGAAGAAGGCCGGAAGUCUGUGAAGAUAAUGACUCAGAAACCGAACCAGCCUCCGAGUGUGACGUACACCCAGACCCUGCAGUCGAUGAACACGUGUGGUGCCACAACCAUCCAGAUAACCAAUGCACAAGCUCUGUUGAAACAGCAGGCCAGCGUGGCGGCCACCAUCACAACACAGAACGAACCAUCAGUGGCAACUGGAUUGUCGGCUAAACGAAACGUUCCUAUUCAACUGUCUUUGUCAAUAGGACCCCCUGGUGGUGUUACCAUGGCGUCCAAUCUCAUUACUUCACAGUCUGUAAUGAUCUCAGCCAAUGCAGCUAAUACUGUCCAGUCCGGGCAGAUUUUGGUUGGUCAGCAACCAGGACUCAUUACCGGCAACCAAACUAUUUCCUCAGCACAAAGACUGAAGUCAUUUCCGAUUCACACAGGACAAAUUAGAGCGACAAAUAGCCCAAGUCCUGUUUCGACGCCCACCUCUGCAGCAGUUCAGCAGCAGAUUCUGUCAGCGGUUGCCAUGCCCCAGCCCAGCAGCACUCAGAAGACCCCAACCCCGGCAGCCACGCCUACACCACCUCCCUCACACUCACGCACACCCACUCCAACAUCACUGGGGAACAGACGGACGUCCGGCAACGAGUCUGUGACCCUAACACAAGCUGAAUUAGUACAACCAAAAAACAACCCCAGUACAACACUAACACAGCAGGGCAACAUCACCACCAGCAUCAACAUCGCUAACAUCAGUGGCCUCCCACAGAACUUCAGCAUCCAGGGCCUCGGACUUCAAGGAGUGAACAUCACCAAUCUGCAGGGCCUGCAGAACAUGCAGGUAUCACUGACGGGUGUGUCUAUGCCGGGAGGCGGGAUUGCGGUUCCAGUCCCCAUCACGCUGAUCAACACAAACCCUUCCAUCCUGCAGAACCAGGCUGGCAUCAUCGUGAGCUCACUGCCCAACGUCGUGACGGCUGUGUCAUCCUCAGAGUCGGCCGCCACCACUGGGGCUGUCACCGGCAAUCAGGGAAAUGAAAGUGCUGUAACAGCUCCACAUACAUUUGUUACCAUGGUGACACUACCAACAUCAAGCACCAGUGGGACAUCGUCAACGACGACACAUACGACAGUCUCAUCUCAAGCCAUAAUGUCAACAGGUCUGGCGUCGAACCCAACCACUGUUCUGCCAUCUUCGAACAUGUUACAGCUUCCUAUCGGACUGGCCGGCAACAUCACGCAGCUCAUGCCAAUGGGGGCCAAAACUGCGGGCCGACAGGCCACCCAGUCACUGCCCAUACUACAGCUUCAAGGCCAGCAAGGUAUCCAGCUUGUCAACGUUCAGCAACAAAGAGGUCAGCUAAAGGCUGGCAUACCGACAUCGUCCGGACAACAGGGGGGCAACAGACCUCUGACAUCCACCACUGCUGUGCCUAUCUCUUCUGUUUUAACCCAAGUCUCACAGCCUCUGUCCAGUCACCAGAUGACAGCUUUACCCGUAACAUCCUUGACUGUCGGAAAGCAAGGUCAGCCAGGUCAGGGUCAGAUAACUCCACAGCAACUGCUGCAGCUGGCGGGACAGCACGGACUGCAGCCACAACAGCUGCAGACGGCACUGACGUUCCAGAAGCCACAGCAGACGCACCAGCCUCUGCAGUUCCACCAGCUCCAGCUGAAGACGUCUGCCCCGGCACAGCCCACCCAGCACAGCAGCAAGUCGAAGAGCAAGAAGAGAACUACACCGACGCCACCAAGAACUUGACCCCAAAGUGCCAUGAAAACCAGUGAUGGAAAUGGGCUUGAGGAACCAGACUGCAUGCAUGGGGGAACUGUACCUAGGUUGGGUUUGAUCAUGGAUGGCUGUUGUCCCCACCCCACACAAUUCUUUUGGUAUUUCACCCCCAGGGCCCAUAUUUUCAAAGCCAUCUUGGUGCUACGAAAUCGUAAAUCCAUCGUAGGUUGUGACAUCACUACAGCACACGCCAUACUAACGUCAUAGCUUAUGAUGGUUUUAUGAUUUCUUAGGCUAAGAUUGCUUCAAAAAUAUCGGCUCAGAUUCUUAAGUAUAGAUGUUUAAUGACUUCUCAGCAAGUUUUAAUCUGGAGUUAUUUGGUGUCUGUUUAUGGUUACUUAGACUUGUGGUCUAGAGAAUGAGAGAGAGAAAAAACUUGCUGUCACAAUAUAAGACUACUUGUACCAAAAAGAAGUAAAGAUUAUUUUACAUGCACCAAUCCCAUAGAUGGAACAACACAGCAGAGUCUGUGGUAUUAGAUGUACCAGUCAUGGGGCAUAGGCAGGAAAAACUCCAGGUCCACUUAGGGAAGUCAAUCAUACUUGUUAAUAAUAAUCUAAAAUGCUAAUUGCAGCAAGAGUGAGGGAGGGGGAGACAGAGAGAGGUGGAGGUGGGGGAGACAGAGAGAGACGGGGGAGGGGGACAGACAGAUGGAAGGAAGGGGAGAGAGAAUUGAAUGUACUAAUAUAUAAGCCCAUUUCCACUUCUGAGUUUUAUUGGGGGGGGGGUGGGGGGAGAGAGAAAGAGAGAGAAAGAAUGAAUGAAUGAAUAUAUUGAACAUACCAAUAUAUAAGCCCAUUUCCACCACUGAAUUAAGUGCAAAAACAAUGCAAUGCAUGUAUUAAUGUAAUUAGAUGAUGCCGAACAGCAUAAUAGUAAAAAAGUGUGUUAUUUUUAAUAUGCAAAAAUCAGCAACUGAUUUUACUCUUACAAAACCAGUAAUGUUUACAGUUGUUGUAAAUAUUUCAUCCACUGUAGUGAAUUCAUAUUUAUCAACUUUUGUUUGAAAUUUUGUCACUGAUCUUAGAAAUGGUUUCAGUUAUUAUUUUUUAAUGAUAAUUGUAUUCAGCAGUGUAAAAAUAGUCUAGUUACAUAUUAAAAGGUCAGUACACUGUACUUUGAAGUCCAGAUAUGUUUUAUAGCAGAUGGUUUUUAAAGUCAUACAAUUUUAAUUGGCUAAUAACUUUAUAAGGAAUUUAUUCAAGUUGGGCAUCAUGUCUGGACCAGUGAAUAUGUUAGCACAAUGGUUUGUGCUUGUAAAGUUUUUUUUUUUUUAGUGUAGAUAAGUGAACUCAGACUCUGACUUGGAACAUAGAAUUUAGUUUUUUUUACAAACUGCUUGCAGUCUUAAGGCCAAUCUCUAAACUCUUUAAGUCUUGUGUUUGUAAACUGUUUUACCUAGAUCAGUAAAUUCAUACUCAGACUUGAGCAUAGAAUUGAGUAUUUUACAAACUGCAUGCAGUCUAAAAGUUCAUACUCUAAAGUCUUGAGGACAGAUUUAAUUGUUUUUAUAACCAAUGAUAUAUAUAUAUAUGUGAAAAGUGAAUUUACUACUAAAAACAAUCUCAGGUGGCCAUCUGCAUAAUGAAUGCACAUGUUUAAGAUUGGUGUUUUCUUAAAAUAAAUAAUAUUUUCAUCCAUUCAGUUUAAUUUAUUAUCAUGCUUGUGUCCAUUUACAAUUCAAGCACCCUGUUGUGGGCACACAUCUCAACUGUUGGGGUGGUCCGAGCAGGACAAAUGUUAGAGAUUGAAAUUAGUGUAGUGGUCCAUUUACAAUUCAAGCACUCUGUCGUGGGCACACAUCUCAACUGUUGGGGUGAUCCGAACAGGUCAAAGGUUAGAGAGAUAAAUUAGUGUAGUGGUUUUGCAUCUGUUGAAUGAGUUGUGUACUCUGGGUGGGGGCCAGUCCUGGGAUGUGAACCCAGCACCUUCCAGUCUUGAAUUCAUUUGCUAAGGCUGUGAUUCCAUGGCAUCUGCACACAGAGAGAUUCACAUGUUUUAUGGAAGUCAAAUUGAUCAGUGUCUCUAGUAUACAUGUAUGUGUUUGGGGUUUAUGAAAGGGAGGUCGGAUGCUAUUGUUGGGGUGAGCGUGAAUGCGAUUGCUGAAGGUGUGAGCACAGGCGGUUGGUCUAGGGGGACCAAAGAGAUGAAGAAUAUGAAACAUUGAAGAUUUAAAUAUAGGCCAAGGCAUGGUAAGAGGUGUUUGAACAGACUUUAUUUUGCUUUUUGGAAGGUUUUGAAAGUUGGGCCAUGCCCAUCUGAGCUCCCAACACAACACAUGUCCUCGACAUGAUCUAAUGUCUUAUGUCUGUAAAACAUGUACUGGUAUGUCAGUGUAGAUACUUUGGAAUCGUGGCUGCAAUGAUUGCAUCAUCAAUGAUGUGCGACUAAUACCAUGCAGUUUUAAAACAAGUAUUUGUUCCUGACAAUAAUUGAAGAAAAGUACAUGUGUAAACUAUAUGUGAAGAGUUCAUUUUGAAAACACGAUAUCCCCCACUUUCUAGACUUGUGAAAGUGUACUGAUGUUAUAUAUGACGUCACAAUGUGAUCUAUGCCCACUGAUCAGGACCUUAAAACACUACUUCGUGUGCUAGAUGCUAUGUCAUGUUGCAGCAAAACCAUGUUUUUCUCACAAUUACAUAGAUAGAUAUAUACAGGGUUUCUGCCAGAGGGUAAAACGGGUAUGCUGCCAUACCACAUUUUUUUUUGCAGAUUUAAUUUUUUUAAAUUAACCUUUUGAUACUUUCUGAGGGAGGUCCCCCAUACCCACUGUCAACUGCGGUUGCAUUCAGCACACACAUUGUAAAUAUUCAUUUCCAUAGCGCCAUACCCAAAAAGUUCUUUCUGGUAUAGUAUGUUAGAAAUGAACUUUUUCGUAUAUAUCUGCAUCCAUAUUUAUAGAUUGUGUAAUAAACCGGUUUCCUUUAUGCCUACCCGGUAAUUUGAAGUUAGCACUGAUUAAUUUUUGACUGAUGAAAUAGUAACCUGUAUUACAAAUCAGAUAUUUUGGUCGAUGAUGCUUCCAGAAUGGUCUGCCACUAAUAUUUUUAUGUGACUGUUCUGAAAAAAAAAUUCAUAUUAACAUACAAAUAUUUACUCAUGGAAACUAAAAUAUUUGUUUGUUGAUAUAAUUUAACUUUUACCAGACUCCAUGUUUUAUUUAUUUAUUGGUAAUAUUGUUUCAUGAACAUUUGAGUUUUUACAGUGUACAGAAUGAGUUGUUUUGUGUAAAUGGAGACACUUUGUUUUUGUUAAUGCAGGGUCUAGUGGUAUCUGUUUAACUGAACCCAACAGCUGAUGUUUGCUGAUAUACUCCAUUGUUGUCACUGUCAAAGUCAGUUACUAGUCCCCUACCGGUCCAACCAGAGGGGACUAUAAAUUUCAUCUCCUUCUGUCUGUCUAAUCAGUCUGUCUAAUCAGUCUGUCUGUCCGUCUGUCUGUCCCACUUAUAGUUUUCCUGACU